AUGACGACAUUGGAUGAGGCUACUUCAGAGUUGAAGGGAAUGCUUGAAAAGUGUAUGACGGACGAUUCUGUAUACAUUUUCGAGAAUGCUCUGCAACCCUUUAUUCUCAAUCACGGACUCUCAACCUUCGACAAUCGCUUCAUUGAGACGACAAAAAUUCUUCCUGAAUUUUCAAUUGGAUCUGAACACAUGGUGACCACAAGAACAUCUUCCCAGAGUCGUACAAUCUACGACGACCCAUCGUGUCAACAAUCUAAUUUCAACGCAACAAAAGACAUCUCAUCUUAUAAGCCAAAGCAGGUUCUCGAACCGUAUGUAUGCUAUUCGAUAGACUACAACGCCAGAUUUAAAGAGACUCGAUAUUGGAAGCAGCAUCAAGAUGUCGUUCAUAGUAACAAGCAACUUUCUAAAUGCGACCCAUGCGGAAAAAUGUUCAAAAUACCUCGUUACCUGAAGGAGCAUCGACGCAUCGUUCACAGUCACAGGCAACCUUCUAAAUGCGACCAAUGCGGAAAAAUGUUCAAAAUUCCUCGUUAUCUGAAGGAUCAUCGACGUAUCGUUCACAGUGGGAAGCAAGCUUUUAAAUGCGACCAAUGCGGAAAUUCUUUCAGACAUAUUCGUCAAUUGCGACGACAUCGGACUUCCAUUCAUGAUGGUAGCAAGCGACCUUGUAGAUGCGAGCAAUGUGGAGAAAGUUUCAAAACUCCUUUUAAAUUGAUGCAGCAUCAAGAUAUAAUUCACGAUGAAACGCGACCUCAAGAAUGUAAACAAUGCGGAAAAAGAUACAAACUUCUUCAUCACUUGCAGCGCCAUCAAACUUCCGCUCAUGGUAAUAAGCGACCUUAA